GGGGAUAUUUGACCAGCAGACACUAUAGUACUGAUAUGAGCGGUGGACCGUAAAAAUAACUUUGGCACGCUCUCAAAUGAGAUGGCCUUUUCAAACGCAGCCAAAGUUCUUUUGUGGGUUGUAAAGUGGAUAUUUCAAUUGAUUCCAGUUAAAAAGAACAGAAUUCCUGAGCCCGGGGGAUUGCUCGUGACACUACUUACCCUGGGGUACGGAGGAGAUAAACUCUCGAAGCUGGAGUUCCUCUCCGAGUACUAUUUUUAUUACGGACUUUUUAAGUUUGAGAGUAAAAUUUACAUAUUCAAUCCUCGACUUGCUCAGCAUGCUAUUUAUAAAUUGGAGAAAGGGGCGGAACAUUAUUUGGAAAAUUCUCCUCUUAAGAACACGUUCCUAGGGUCGUCUCAGAAAAGUCCCGAAACCAGGAGGGCCAUUGCGUCGCUGUUUAGAAGGACCUCUAUUGAAGAGCGCGCAGCCAUUAUGAUGGGUGACAUACAGAAAAUGUGUGAAAAAUUCCGAGGUGAAACAAACGGCGUAGUCAACGUCACAGAAUGGUCUCUUCGGAUGGCCUUGGACAUUGUCGGACAUGUUUUACUGGAGUUGGAUUUUCACGGUUUAGAAAAGAAACAGGAGGAAAUGAUUCGGGCGAUGACAACUAUUUUACACAGAUGUUACGCUUUAGGAGAAAUAACGCCAGAUGGCGAUGAAUUUCGAGAAGCAAACACAAAAUUCGAUGACAUCACUCACGCGGUGUUGGAAGAGGCUUUGAACAUUGAUGACGACAUAAUCCAAGGCAAACGAUUGGUCAAGUCUCUGCACGACGCAUGCGGAUUUAACGAGGCUAAGGACAACAUGAAGCUGUUUCUGAUGGCGGGGACUGAGACGACGGCCGCCACAAUACCUGUUGUUCUGUAUCUACUGGUCAAAUAUCCUCACUUACAGGACGAGUUGAGACAGGAAGCGGAAGAGCUUCUUGAGUCGGUAAUGGCGGACCCCACCACCCCGCUGCCUAAGAUAGAGAGCUUUCUGUCCGAGGUGCUCCGAUUGUACCCAAUUGCGCCAUUCAUCAGCCGACAAAACUACGAACCGGUUACCCUUGGUGAUAUUCAUCUGGAUCAACACACUGAUGUCAUCAUAUUUACGUGGGGAAUUCACCGCAGCACUCAUCUCUGGGACAGAGCGCGAGACUUUCUUCCCUUCCGGUUCCUGAACAACAGCAAAACUUCCGGUAACAUGUACAUCCCCUUCGGUGCAGGCUCGCGCGUCUGCAUCGGACAACAUUUGGCUUGGUUAGAACUGAGACUCGCAAUAGCCAUGAUGCUGUUCCAGUUUAGGUUUGAGAAUGCACAUGAGACACCGGAACUGAAAUUCGUAGUGGACUGGGCACACGCUGUGGUUCAUCCCGAUAAAGACUUUUUAUUCAGAGUUGUUCCUACACAGAAUAAAAAUGUUGAAAUAAGGUAAACAUGAAUUAUUUGUUCAUAUCUUAUAAUCGAAAAUUCACAAUCUUAUGGUGAAUUUGUAUUAUGUGCAUCAAAUCUUUUGUCGAUGUGUUUCAACAUCUCUUUGUGUACUAGAACAGUAUGUCAGGCUACCGAAGUGAUAACGUUGGUGGAACUUUAUGCGUAGGAACUGUGUCAGUGUAGAGCUGCUCGAAGAAUUAUAUUAGAAAAUGACUUGCUUCUUAUACUACUGGGAUGCCAUACAAUUCACGAGUUUUGCAAAAAUGCAUUCCGCAUUUUGAACUUUAAGGUCAGACGACACGUUCCUCAAUUUUGUAUAACUUUUUCCAGGAAUUUGUUGAUGGUUUACUAGUAACUAUUUUAACAAGCUUUCUUGCAAAAAAUUAGGGUACCUUACCGGGCAUUUCUGCAAAAUACUAGAGUAUGCAAUUUCCUAUAAAAUCUUCUUGGAAAUACACUUGAAUUGCUGAUAUAAAAAUAAAUACAUAUACAGAACAGCAAAAUUCACUAUGUAGGAACUCUAUCUCGGCCGGAGCGGGGAUUUGAACUCACGACCUCUAGAACAUAUACCCUUCUGGCAGUGAGCGACCACGGUUCUAACCACUCGGCCGUCUAUACAGAUAACCACAUCUAAUUAAAUUUUAAUCAUUUUUAAAAUAAUUAUAAAAUUAAUAUUUUUUAUUAGAACUCUCUAUUACGAGGAGAUACAAAAAAGAUUCUCGAGGAACGUGUCGUCUGACCUUAAGUUAGUCCGAAGCACAGCGGAAGCACAUUCCUUAUAUUUAUCUCAAUUACUUUUCAGACACUUCUUAAAGCUUGUAUUACCCUUGCAUGGCUCUGAAUAUCAAAUUUAUUUUAAAUACCUAAAUUGUCGUUUAUUGCUUUCAUUUUUCUACGUAUAUCUUUAAGAUGGUUCACUAUACCUUAUCGUAAUAAAAUGUGUUCAAAUAGAA